AUGUCCGAGAAGAAGCAAGAGAAGUCAUUAAGUCCUGCUCUUUCACAUGAUGGGCAGGUCAUUGAAGGCCAACAUGAUGCCGUUUUUGGCGAAAUCACCGAGCAAGGUCCGAAUUAUCGCGAUGUAGGAUGGCUGGGAACAUCUGUUUUGAUGAUGAAAACCCAAAUCGGUCUCGGCGUCCUUUCCAUUCCCGUCGCUUUCGAUUCCUUAGGCAUAGUCCCCGGUGUAAUAUGCCUCAUUGCUAUUGCUGCCAUUACGACAUGGUCCGACUACAUAAUCGGUGUUUUCAAACUUCGACACCGCGAGGUUUACGGGAUCGAUGAUGUGGGUGAGCUGUUACUCGGCCCCACGGGAAGAAUCCUACUUGGAGGUGCAUUCGUUCUCUGGUGGGUCUUCGUCGCCGGCUCGGGAAUGCUAGGUAUCUCUAUCGGUCUUAAUGCUGUCUCCGACCACGCCGUCUGCACAGCUGUCUAUGUUGCCAUUGCUGCUAUUGUAGCAUGCAUACUUGGUAGCAUCCAGACAUUAGGCCGUAUUUCUUGGCUCGCCUGGGUCGGUCUCUUCUCUAUCUUGACCUCAAUCAUGAUCGUCACUAUCGCUGUCGGUAUCCAAGAUCGUCCAUCAGCCGCACCGACCGACGCUGUCUGGGUACCCGACUACAAAAUUGUGAACAGCCCAGACUUUACCGAUGCUAUGACCGCCCUAUGUACCAUUGUGUUCGCCUACGCCGGUACCCCGGCAUUUUUCUCUAUUGCGGCAGAGAUGCGGGAGCCCCGUCACUUCAACCGAUCGCUGUUCCUCUGCCAAGGAGUCGUGACAGUGUUCUAUCUUGCAAUCGGCAUUGUCAUCUACUACUUCUGUGGAUCAUACGUCUCAUCCCCUGCUCUUGGCUCUGCUGGUCCAGUCGUCAAGAAAGUGAGCUACGGGUUUGCUCUGCCAGGUCUGUUGGUUAGCACAUUGCUUUUUAUUCACAUCACUGGAAAAUACGUCUUUGUCCGCAUCCUACAAGGUUCCCGGCAUUUGGCAGCCAACACCAUGACCCACUGGGUGGUAUGGCUUAGCUGCACUAUCGGAACUGCUUUGGUCGCCUAUAUCAUUGCUAGCGCCAUUCCCGUGUUCAGUGAUCUCGUCUCUCUCGUGGGCGCAUUACUUGGCACUCCUAUGUGCUUCCAGCCCAUGGGUGGUAUGUGGCUGUACGACAAUUGGAAUCGCAAAGAAGGCCGCAAGUCCCCCAGGUGGCUUUUCAUGGUCGGCUGGUGCUUCUUCAUCAUUGUAGCUGGAACUUUCUUGAUGAUUGCAGGGCUCACUUUAGCCCUGAUUGCGAUUCUGCGCACGACCUUUGCAGGAAGGAAAAGGGCCAACCUUCCUCCAGGACCGAAAGGCAAAUUUCUUAUUGGCAAUUUGCUCGACCUUCCCCCGCCAGGGACACAAGAAUGGCAACAUUGGUUGAAGCACAAAGACCUCUAUGGUCCUCUCAGCUCUAUCAGAGUCCUAGGCAAAACGAUCAUCAUAAUUAAUGAUAGAGGUUUGGCGUUUCACAUCCUGGAAAAAAACUCCGCGAAACAUUCUUCUCGACCGCGCCUUGUUUUUGCAGAUGAAUUGGCUGGAUGGGGUAAACUAGCCUCAAGCCAAGACAACACACCGCUCCUUCGAGCCUACCGUCGCGCAAUCACCAGAGUCAUCGGAACACGAGAAUCCGCAUCAAAAUUCAAUAGUCUCCUUGAACUAGAAGCAAGGAGAUUUGCAGCUCGCGUGCUGCACACGCCCGAGAAAUUUAUCGAUCACAACCGGACGGCUGCUGGUGCUUUUAUUCUGAAUAUCACAUACGGCUAUAAUAUCGAGCCGCAUGGCGACGACCCGCUGGUCCGUCUAGCUGAUCAUGCAUUGAAGCAAUUCUCGGAUGCUGUUGUCCCGGGGACAUGGCUUGUUGAUUUGAUCCCGGCGUUGAAACAUGUCCCGGCUUGGAUGCCUGGAGCUAGGUUUCAAAGAGUCGCCCGGGAUCACUUUCAAACGCUUACACGACUCGUAGAGAGCCCGUUUGCGUUCGCAAAAGCUCAGAUUAACAAAAAUGAGGAUCGACAGUGUUUUGUCUCUACGCUUCUCAGACAGGGGGAAGAUGAAGAAAUUGUGAAGUGGUCUGCAUUGGCAAUGUAUGGUGGUGGAGCCGACACAACUGUUGCGAUCCUCGAAGGGUUCUUUCUGGCGAUGCUACUGUUCCCAGAUGUUCAGCGCAAGGCCCAAGCAGAGAUGGACAAUGUAUUCGGCAUGCCUACUUUGCCAACAGCAGCCGACCGCGAGAAGCUACCCUAUGUGAAUGCAGUCGUGAAGGAAGCCAUUAGAUGGCACAGUGUCGCGCCCCUAGGUAUCCCUCACAGAACGGAUGAAGACGAUAUUAUAAAUGGUUUCUUGAUUCCAAAGAAUGCCAUUAUCAUACCCAAUAUCUGGGGAUUCAACAAUGAUCCCGCGGUCUACCCCAGCCCGCGAGAGUUCCAACCUGAGCGUUUUCUCUCAUCACAUCCUCCUGUUGAUCCGGGAGAUGCGGUAUUUGGAUUUGGUCGUCGAGUAUGCCCCGGGCGCUUAGUUGCUGAGACUUCUAUUUUCCUAAUGAUUGCUCACACGCUCGCCAUAUUUGAUGUCAACAAGAUUGUUGGUAAGAAUGGUAAGGAGAUCGAGCCGAUUAUUGAUUUUUCACCUGGGAUAUUGAGCCAUCUUGCUCCGUACAAAGCAGCGUUUGUUCCGAGGAGUACGGAGCACGAACAACUUAUUCGUGAGUUCGAGAAAAGCAAUCCCUUCGAAAAGGGGGAUUCCGAGACCUUGGAGAAAGCGCUGCACCAGGCUGAAUGGAAUAAUAUUUGA